AUGUGGCGCCCCGUGCUCCCGCAGCUACCGGCACUCACGCGCGCCCUGACGCGCCGCUCCCACACGUGCAUCGGCUCGUUACGCGCGUCCCUUCGCAGUCGCCCAAGCCACGCGACGGCGUUUACAGCUCCCGCUGUCCCGACGCCGUCGCAAAUCCGCGCGCUCUCGUCCCGCGCCCUGACCGACUACGCGCUGAAACUGGCGCAAGUGCUUGCACCCGACGAUACGGUCCAAGAGCUCGAGCGGCUCUACUGCACGCCAGGCGCGCGGCCCACGACAGUGAUCAAAAUCGGCGGCGACGUGAUCAUUCACGAGCUCGCGACGCUCAUCGAGUCGCUGCGGUUCAUGCGCGAGACGGGACUGUUCCCGAUUGUGGUGCAUGGAGCGGGACCGCAGAUGAACGACGAGCUCGCGCGACAGGGCGUCGAGCCGCAGUACGUCGGGGGCAACCGCGUGACGGACCGCGAGACGCUCGACGUCGCGCAGACGAUCUUCUCCGCGACGAACGAGACGCUCGUCACGGCGCUGAACGAUGCGGGCGUGCGGGCCAGAGGCAUUACAAGUGGUGUGCUGCAAGCCGAGUUCAAGGACAAGGACGUGUACGGCUUUGUCGGCGAAGUGCACAAGAUUUGCGCCGACGCGGUGCAAGAGGCGAUCGACGAUGGCUGCAUCCCAGUGCUCUCGUGUCUGGGCGAGACUGUGGACGGCCAGACGCUGAACAUCAACGCGGACGUGGCGGCUCGACAGCUGGCGUUGGCGAUGCAGCCACUGAAGACCAUCUUUGUGAAUGCCAAGGGAGGCUGGGUCGAACCGGACGGCGUGAAGCUCAAGAGAAUCGACAUGGCCAAGGACUAUGAGCGCAUGGCGGCUCGGGACUACACGGGUCGCCAAGGCACGCUGCUGAAGCUAAACGAGAUCAACGCGCUGCUGCAAGGACUGCCACCGACCUCGUCUGUAGUCCUCACGUCGGCGUCGCAGCUCAUGCGUGAGAUUGUAAGCAAGAAGAGUGCGGGGACGACGUGCGUUAAGGGUGAGCAGCCUGUUGCUGCUGCUCGUGCAAAGACUGGUGCUAAGGCGCUGGCGAUUCCACGUGGUCCGAACGGAAAGUAUCGCGUUGGUCUUCUCGGCGCGCGUGGAUACGUGGGUGGCGAGCUUAUUCGCGUGAUUGGCCGCCACCCAGAGCUAGAGCUGGUGUGUGCCAGCUCCCGCGCUCUGGCUGGCGCGAAGGUGGUGAAGGUUGCUGCUGCCCCGCCUCUGAACCCGCAUACGAAGCUGGCAGCCAAGUCAAUUGAAGAUGUGAAGCUUAACAUCGAUCCCAACCUGGAGUUCUGCGAGCUUGGACUGGACGAUAUUGCAGCUUCGCCAUUCGGAGAGAGUGUCGACGUGUGGGUGCUAGCAUUGCCCAACGGCUACUGCGAGGACUACGCCACAGCUUUGGACGCGCUGCAGCGGAAGAAUAAGGUCAUCAUCGAUUUGAGUGCUGACCAGCGUUUCAACUCGGACUGGACCUACGGCUUGCCAGAGGCUCCGGGUGGGCGCACGCGAUUGCAGGGAGCCACCCAUAUCGCUAACCCCGGCUGCUAUGCGACUGGUGUGCAGCUUGGUCUGAUACCGCUUCUUGGAGGCAAGCCGGAAGUGAGCGGAAAUCUGAUUGACAAGAGCGUUCCACCGCACGCGUUUGGGGUCUCGGGCUACAGUGGGGCUGGCACGAACCCCUCCAAGGCCAAUGACCUGGAUGUGCUCAAUGACAACAUCAUCGCGUACAAGUCUGUGCAGCACAUCCACGAACACGAAGUUAGCCACCAGCUCGGCACGUCAGUUCGAUUCAUGCCUCAUGUGGCACCGUACUUCCAAGGCAUCCACCUCACGCUGUCGGCACAGCUUGCCGACGAUGGGAUCAUCACGUCAGCAAAACAGGUAGAGGAGCUCUACCAUGAGUUCUUCGCGAACGAGACGUUGGUGAAAGUGACGCCGGACGUUCCGUUUGUCAAGGAUAACGCGUACCAUGCGCAUGCGACUGUGGGUGGCUUCCAGUUGGACCAAGACACGGGUCGACUUGUGGUAGUAGCCACCAUUGAUAAUCUUCUGAAGGGGGCCGCAACACAGGCAGUGCAGAACAUCAACGUCGCGCUUGGAAUUAACGAGUACGCGGGCAUUGACCUGGAGUAA